AUGCGCGCACUGUGCGAAAGAAGUAAAGAAACUUGCAUGUGGUACGGUGACUCUUUUGUGGCAGUGGAUGAUAUUUACGAAGCUGAGGCUCACAACAGCGGGGCACCAACGUCACUAAAAAAUAUUUAUAAACUUAUCUUUCAUUUAACCACGAUCUAUCUAUCUAUCUAUCUAUCUAUCUAUCUAUCUAUCUAUCUCACACUUUUCAUAUCUAUCUAUUAUCUAUCUAUCUAUCUAUCUAUCUACCUAUCCCGGUCUGUUCAUCUCUAUCUAAAUUCUUAUCGCAGUCUGUUCAUUUAUCUAUAUAUCAUCUAUCUAUCUAUCUAUCAUAUGUGUCUAACAAUAUUCUAUCUAUCUAUCUAUCUAUCUAUCUAUCUAUCUAUCUAUCCCGGUCUUCUGUUCAUAUCUAUCUAUCUAUCUAUCUAUCUAUCUAUCUAUCUAUCUAUCUAUCUAUCCCUGUCUGUUUAUAUCUAUCUAAAUUAUUCCUUAUCGCAGUCUGUUCAUAUCUAUCUAUCUUCCUAUCUGUCUAUGACACGCUACGCUACAUUUUAUUAUGUAAAUAUUUCUCAAUAA